AUGUACCCACGGUGUCGCCACAUUGUCCCCCCGUGUCCCCAGGCGGGGCUGGCGCGGUGCCAGCGCGAGGCCGAGGAGGUGACGGAGCUGAUGAGACAGAACGUAGAGCGGGCGCUGGAGCGGGAGGGGCACCUGGAGCAGCUGCAGAGCCGUGCCCAGAACCUGCGACAAGCGAGUGAAGCCUUCACCCGCACCACACAGACAGUGACACGGCGCCAGCGCAAGCGACAUCGGCGGUGUCACCUGGUGGCCCUCGGCCUCGGCCUCCUCCUCCUCUUCAUCCUGGGUCUGGCACUGGCACUGGCCCUGGCACGGUCAUCCCCUGGGACUCUCACCAGCACUGUCCCCACCCCGCAGGGGGGUACCAAGCACCCCUCCAGCACUGCAGGGACUCCGUGA